ACAAUAACAUUCCUCCAGAGUUGCGGGUUGCAAGAUGGCGGACAAGCGUGCCCAUCACUAGUCAAACAACAAAUGCGAAGAAAAAAAGCUAGCGCUUCUGGUAGGACGUGUUGCAGAAAACAAAUUUUCGUGCGCAAUAUUGUAAACAUUACGAAAAUGUUUGCAAGUUAAAGAGAGUUUUCGUACAGGAACAGUUUGAGCCAAAGGCGCGCGUCAUCCCGGUUGCUUGCACAUCGAAGCGUAGGUUUGCAUCCCUGGAGCCAGCAGGGUCACCGGAGAGGCAACGAGGGUGGAAGAGCGAUAAUCGUGCGGAUAUAAUUCGCGAUCGCAUCCAUUUUCCAGGCGGAUAUCGGUUAUCUUGAGAAGUGAAACAACAAUUAGGUCAUCCACUGCGCCGUCUGGUGUAUCGUUUUGUUUGUGCGAUAAAAUGAACGUCCUGUGGUUGGGAGAAUGAGCGGGUGGUUGGGCUUUACGGGCCACUGAAAACGUACCUCCUGCUGUGGCUGUGCCGUGGUAAAGUGAUUCUUCCAUCCUGUGGAGUGCACAGUGACAUAGUUAUCGAUUCGCAACCGUAUAUCGAGUAGUGUGGCUCGGUACGGUAAUGCUGCACCAUGUCCGGUGCCGCUGAAACACCCGAUAAAUCCUCGUCGGAUAGGAAAAAGGCCGAGUCGAGCAAUGCCAAUCCUACCACACCGAACAGUACCAACAGCAAUGACCGGGAGGAUCGAAGCAAAAGUGGCACGGUCAGCUCUAGUUCGUCGAAAACGGCCGACACAAGCGAUAGAAAAAAGGUAAACAGUAGUUCGGAAGAUAGUGGCAGUAGCAGCAGUGCUGUUAGCACCAGAACCUUGAAACGGUUAUCGGACGGAAAUACUGGGAACAGUUCCGCUGCUUCGAGCACUAGCACCGGUGCUAGCAAAGCAGAAGAACGAAGCCUUCCGCACGGAGGCAACAAUGGAGUGUCCGGUUCCCAAACUUGCGGCAUGUGCCUGGAGGUGAAAAGUUCGCUGAAGUACAUCCUACCGAUGGAGGGUAACACCAAGGCGUUUUGCUCCGAAUCGUGCAUUUUGGAGUACCGGAAGAAUUGUGAGCGUACGUGCAUACAGUGCGAUAACGUAGUGCGGGCGAAUGCUCCGAAGCCCAACUUCUGUUCCACAUUCUGCUUGAAAAAGUUUCAGAAGAAACGAUCUCCCAACCUGAUGGAAUUGGGCGGCGAUGACGUGAAGGCGAACGGAAGCCCCAACAACAAUAACAACACAAAUAGUCACAAUCACAACAAUAGUCCCAAUAGUAGUAACGGAAGCUCGAACGGCGGCGGUGGACGCCGAAGUGGCAAUAUAUCUCCUGGACGGGCGGCCACCCAAUCGUCGACCCGCAUUAGCCCGGUCACCACAACGCAAACCGGUGCUUUUCAGUACGAAAGCUUUCACGUGUUCGAUUGGUCGGAGUAUUUGCGAGAAACGGGCAGCGUACCGGCACCGACGGAAUGUUUCAAGCAGGCGCUAUCUCCACCGACGAAUGAGUUCAAAAUUGGCAUGAAGCUGGAAGCACUCGAUCCGCGUAAUAUCACCUCGACCUGCAUCGCGACCGUCGUCGGUGUGCUUGGAUCGCGGUUGCGUUUGCGACUGGAUGGCGGAGAUAAUAAGAACGACUUUUGGCGAUUGGUCGACUCGAACGAAAUCCACCCGAUAGGGCACUGCGAAAAGUCGGGUGAAAUGUUGAAGCCACCGCUUGGCUUUCGGUUGAACGCGAGCAGUUGGCCAACGUUCCUGUCGAAAACGUUAAACGGCGCCGUGAUGGCACCGGCAGAUAUAUUCGUACCGGAACCACCGACACCGAAGUUCAACCUGUUUCAGGUGGGACAAAAGCUGGAAGCCGUUGACAAGAAGAACCCACAGCUGAUCUGUUGCGCCAGCGUGAACGAGGUAAAGGACGACCAGAUUCACGUGACGUUCGAUGGGUGGCGCGGUGCGUUCGACUACUGGUGCCGGUACGACUCUCGGGAUAUCUUUCCGGUGGGUUGGUGUGCUACCAGCUGCCAUCCGAUGCAGCCGCCGGGACAGAAGAACAAGCAGGACGGAAGCGGCCAUCGAUCCAAAAGCGGACGGUCAUCGUUUGCGAUGGCAUCGGAAUCGCCCGACACGAUGCAACCGGUCACGCUGGUAACGGCCCAUUUCCACAGCCGGUGUAGAGGCGGACCACACAUUAACAGCUCCAAGCUACCGUCCAUGGUUACGGCCCCGAACCAUCAGACGCUGGCCAAGCUGUGUUUGCAGGAAGUGCUGGCAGCUUCUCACGACCAUUUGCUUCUCUCGCCGCUGCUGUUCGGUCUCGAGGGAGAUGUGCACAUCGUGACGGCAGCGGGGAAGAAUUUUACGGUAAAAAUUCCGGCUUAUAUCAAACAGAAAGGGAACGCGGGCGUUUCGGAGUUUCUCGACAUGCUGUGCUCCUCGUGUCAGGCCUGCCCAAAGCUGAUCACGCUCGAACCGGGCCCGGAACAGUGUGAAGACUGUUUCAAUCAUUCGUCGCCCUUGAAACGCUCGAUCAAGACGGAACCGCGGGCGACGGCAGCCGCUAGUCCGCCACCGACGGCUGCAUCCUCACCGAAAGCGUCAGCCACCGGGCGAACAAGUGCCGGUGGCGGGCCUGAGCUGCGCUCGACAAAAGAAACGACAAAGGAAAAGGAUUCCCAGCUAAGGAGUCCUUCACCGAAGCGUCGUGCAGUCGCCAGCAGCAGUGAGCAGAAGGGAUCGGAUCGAACUGUGGAGGAACCGAAGGCGAGUCCCACCAGCACAACUUCGUCCUCUGCCAACAUCAAGAAGGAGCGCAAUGAGCCUAGCUCAACCACGACGAACGCGAAACCUACGUCUAAAACUAGUUCGGGCAAUCGAUCUGCUAGAGCGGACACGUCCGGAGCGUUGUCGUCCAGCUCGUCCACAGUCACGACGGUGGCCACAUCAUCUACAACGAAUCAACACAAAUCGUCUACGGCAGCAGCAGCGCCGGUCAGUCAGCCCACAUCGCCGACCACCGUGUCGACUACCAGCAGCAGCAGCAGCAGCAGCAGCAGUAGCAAACCGAUCACCGCCACCGGCACGACAACGGUCAAGCUGGAAGAGCAAACGGGCAAUGUAGCGGCCGUUGGAGCUGCUCAAGCAACUGCCGCCGUUGCAGCAACCUCCGCCCUGACGGUUCCUGCGGUUGCCGCCGCCGUACCGUACCAUCCGGCACCGAUCGUUUCGCCCCUGAUACCGGGCGCCUGUACGGUCGGGUCAGCCGUCGCAAUGACGACCGUGCCGGCUUCUCUCAUACCCGUCGUGGCAGCACCGCCAUCGAUUCCGUAUCAUCAACCGAUGACCAAUGCUGCUCCGGCCGGACCACACGCUUGUGCAAAUACGGGCGGUGUCGGUAGUUACUAUAACGCCGCACCAUCCACCAUGAUGCCAGCAGCAGUGCCAUCGAUAGCUCCCGCAAUAGCGCAGAUGCCACGCGGACAGACGACCGAUUGGACGAUCGAAGACGUGAUACAGUUUAUCGCUGUACAGGAUCCCUCGCUCGCUAUCCAUGCGGAAUUGUUCCGAAAGCAUGAAAUUGAUGGCAAAGCACUGCUGCUCAUAAACAGCGAAAUGAUGAUGAAAUACAUGGGGCUGAAGCUUGGACCGGCACUGAAAAUCUGCAAUCUGGUCAGUCGCGUCAAGGGUCGACGGCAUAACCUCUGUUAAAUGUAAAUUACACUAUUUAGCAAGUACCUUUGUUGUGGACGGGGUGAAACAAUCUACGAAUGGACGGUUCUCGUUGGGCAGGGAAUCUUUUACUGUUUUUUCGUCGUCUCUUCAACCCGUAGCGUUGCAUGGUUUUGGGGCAAUAAGUUUGUAAAGUAUCCUAGUUUAACUUCGAAAUAUGUAGAAGUUUUGCAUGCUAGGUAUCCACACUCAUCAUAGCUGCGUGUGGUAGAUUUUAGGACGUGUAUGUAAGCUCAAAAAGAUUGAUUUAUUUGUUUACGAUGCAUUAGCUGCUGUGAAGCACGUGAAGAGACAAAUGAACGCCUGUGGAGCUAGACUACACUUUUAACACGAUGGCCGGAUGGUUGGUCCUUGCUACGGAGGAACGGUCCGGAUGGGAUUCGAUACCCCGUACUUCGAUGGUUGAACUACUCAACCCCCUGACCAAAGUGACUAAUUUUUUGCCAGAGCUUAGAAACGGCCUGUUAUUUGCCCUUCCUUCUGGCAUGUCCACAAUACGUAACUGGAGAGUCGAUUCCUUGUCAAGAUUCGCAUACAAGAAUCGAAAAUUGUAUAUAACGUUAGAGGAGAUCCUUUUCACAUUAUGUAUUUCUAGUUCUGCCGAGAACACCAACGAAACAAGCAAAGGGUUUUGUUUGCGAUCACAAACUCAAUUUGUAUCCUGUAGUAUGUUGCAACGUCGCUUAUCGGGCUUAACAAGAUCCCGAUAACAACACAGCUAGUUCGCUCUAGUAUUUAACAAGCCAGGCAGGACAACUAUUAUGGCAUAUUCUAGUGUUUUUUUUAAUUCUUAUUAGAAAAAAGGUCAGCUUUAAUGUCUAUUUUGUCCCAUAUUACUUGCUUCCCUUUUGUUAUCCACAAUGAUUGUUCAUCUAUUCAGGUAGAAUGAGUUUGUUUUUGUACAUGCCACCAAUGUAAUGUUUCCCUACAUGAAUGUACUUCUUCUCGCGUUAUGUUAGGAACGCAGGUACAUGUUAAUGAUUUCAAAACAGGUUCGCAAAGAGUACGGCUUGUGUUUGAAUAAUCAUUCUUCUCAAGAUACCCAGCAAAACAAACAUAGAACGAAGCAAAAAUGAAGUAUAUCUAACAGAGGUGCAACAAAGUAGUAAAAGAAGGAGCAGUGUAACACAAUGGUUCAGCAUCAAAUCAAAACAGUACGCAAGUGCAACCCCAUCAUAACCAGCAACAUUAACGAAUAACGCAUCAUCAGCUCACAAGAAAUAUGCAAGUAAACAACACAACCGACAGUGACUAUGCAAUUGAUCUUACUAUUAAAACCGAUUUAAAAUUACAUUUUACGUUCGUCCCUUACCGUUUGAUAUCAUUUUCAUGCUCAAAUUCUCUUCUCGGUAGGAUAGAGAAUAUACGGUCUCUGUCCAUAUAAAGCAGUACAAUUGUAGGCUAUCAAAAUUCAAAAUCUUACCUUCAAAUUGGAGUGCAACCGUUUACACGAAAAGAACACUAAUCAGAGAACGUGUUGGGCGAAUUAGGAACGAAAAACAGAAAUUGUCCAACUCGGGACAUUGAUGAUGAUCAGAACGGAGUAUAAGUAGCUCUUAGCUCAAAAAAACCGAUGAAAGGUGAUCGAAUAUAAAUCUUUUUUAAAUGGAUCUUAGAGAGAAAGAAACCCCAGCGUACGUCGUGUAUCCAUUUAGAUAUGAGGUGCGUAAAGAAUAGUUUCUCCAGCGUCGUUUUGUUUCGUCAAGCGAAACAUUCCCCGAAUAGGAAAGAAUGCAAAUAAUGUUCGAACGCCGCGCUCUACUGGGGUGUUAUGUGAUAGCGUCCUAAGAGUGUAUAAAAAAACAUUUGGAGAAAGAAAUUAGGGAACCACAAAUCACAGAAAAAGGGGACCGUCAGUGGACGUCGUCGAAUAGCCAUAUUCGUAUUUACUUUUAAGUAUGUUUUGCGUAAAGGUAGCUAUGUUAGGACAUUGUUUAAUGAAAGCGAACAUCCCAAUAUUACACUGCAAGGUUAGAGAAAAGAGAGUUCCCCACUAUCCAAACCACAUUUAGCACUGGUUUUGACGAAUGAUUUGCACGCACACACCAUCACCACCACCGUCACGCUACUAGGUAGAUAGCAGUAAGGACACACACGCAAAACAGCACGUGCUUCUAUCGCAAAACCCGUGAGAAAAGACGUUAAGCGUAGGAAAGGAAGUAGGACUCGAUUCUGUAAUGUAUGGAAUACGCUGCAGUCGAAAGGAUCAAGAAUGUACCCGGUUAUCUGUUAUCUUUACAAACCUCCAUAAUUUUUUUCUGUUCUACAUUCUUGAAGAAGAAUUCGUGGUUUUGGUGUUAAAAUCUUCCUUUUCCCGAUCCGGUUCCGGGUUGCGACAUAUUCCACACCUAAACAGGACUGUUGUGUUUCCGUCGUCCGACGUCUUAUCAUCCCCUGCCACCGUCUCUAGCACACCUGGUAUGCAGACACACACACACACAAUUUGUACUUUGUGAUAUCUGUUCUCAACCCAAUAAAGAGCAAAAAAA